UUGUUUUGUUCUUCUUUAGCGCUGCAACAGAACAACACGCUGCAAGAAGCCAAAGCAUAGCAUUCAACACUACAUCACAAUGGGCUGGAAGAGCGUGAUGCACGACGCAAAGCUGGGGCACCGCCCGAGGCUGAAGGGCAAUUGGGAACGCGACGGCAUGUACGAUGCCUUCCCCGACCUCCUCGAUCGGCUGGAACGCGGGGAGAAUUACAAGUCCUUCUAUAUAGACGAUGAAACCGCCGAGCGCUGGAAGAAAACCCAGGUUCCGGCCCUCCUGGAUGCGCAGACUCUCACAAGGGAAGCCUUUCACCAGUACGAGAGGGACUCGAUCCCUUCGAUAAUCAAGAAUAUCCCCGCGGGCUACGACGGCGGGAAGUACGUCGGCGCAUGGGGCGCCACGGAGCACUGGAAGCUCAAGGUCCUCCGGAACAACGACGCCAUUCUUGAACGGAAAUUCAAGUGCGGAGAGGACGACGACGAAAAGACCAUCAAGGUGAAACUAGAGGACUUUCUGUGCUAUAUGGAAGAAAACCGGGACGACUCGCCCCUCUACAUCUUUGACUCCCACUUUCUCGACCACAAGGACGCGGAUCGGCUGCGGAGUGAUUACAGCGUUCCGUCAUAUUUCUCGGACGAUUUGUUUCGAUUCAUAAGCGAGAGCCGCCGGUGAGUGUACAAUGGAUUGAAUGUGAAUGAGGAUGUGUGUUUGAAAGGAAUUUAUGCGUUGCCUGCUUUUUCCACCACAGUGCUAUCCAUGCUGCACAUGUUUUCGAUGCAUUGAUGCAGUACAAAUUUUCGAUAUUGUAUGGAAUAACUUACUCAUUCAGCUCGGUCUCAUCUCUCUCGUACUAAUCAACUGUAUGGCACCUUGAUCUGAAACCAUUCUUCAUCAACUUGCGUUCAGGCCACCCUACCGAUGGUGGCUUCUGGGACCGAAGCGCAGUGGAACCUGCGUCCACAUCGGUAAGUCAAGUUAUUGAAUUUAUUGUGUAUCUGACAUAAUGCAGGCGCUGUGGGUUUGUGGAUUUGAACGAAAUGAAUCGUUUGAUUGACAGCAACCAAUUGUUGUUUGUCUUCUUUUGUCUCUUCCCCAAACACAACGUUAGACCCGCUGGCUACCGGUGCCUGGAACACGCUCAUUGUUGGCCAAAAGCGCUGGGUGCUCUUCCCUCCCCACGUCUCGAAGAAGGUUGUGAAGGGAUCUGGUCUCGUUCGAGACGACGAAGACGACGAGGCUGUCCACUACUUUUCAUUCAUUCUUCCCCGCAUCAAGCGAAAGGCCGCUAUGCUAAAGGGCCUGCCCAAGUACAAGGAUUUUUGCUGCUUCGAGUUUACCCAGAACGCUGGCGAGACCAUCUAUGUUCCCAAUGGCUGGUGGCACGCCGUCCUGAAUCUCACCGAUACGGUGGCUGUGACGCAGAAUUUUUGCUCCCCCCGGAACUUUGACGAGUCGUGGAUCAAGACGCGGAAGGGACGGAAGCGCAUGGCGUGGAAGCUCCUCUGUGCACUCGAGCAAAACGGGUACCCCGAGCUGGCGGAACGCGCCAGGUUCCUGAACGAACGGGACAACUUCGUUAUGAAGUACGACCCGGCCGAGAUCGAGAAGCGAGAGCGGGCGGAGGCCGCAAAGAGGCAAAAGAAAAAGAAAUAGGGAACGAGGGAAAACAAAAGCUUGCGUUGAUUGACCCCCGGUCGAAACGGGUUGAUUCCCAGAGAACGAAAAAAUAAAUAGUUCGCAACACC